AUGGAAGAUCCUCCGUUGGCGUCGCUUUCUUUGACCCAUGUCCACUAUGUGAGAUGCCGCAUGCUCCUAUCCGGUCCACACAAAGCAGCUAAUCCUCCGUCUCAGAAUCCCAAUGACCCAAUCGCACACGCCUGCGCCUUUCUGGCCCUCGUACCUCAAGCUCUGUGUAUCACGUAUGCCACUCUGAUAUGGAGCACCCGCGAGGCAGAGGUCGGCCUCAUGUUUGCAGGUCAAUUGGCCUGUGAAGCUCUUAAUUGGCUCCUCAAGCGCACCAUCCGAGAAGAGAGACCGAGUCGUACGCAUUCUCACCCUCUUCAGCAGCCAAUCUUUUCACUCACUCUUCUUCAGGUNCUGACUGGCAAGGGCUACGGUAUGCCCUCAUCGCACGCUCAGUUCGUCUCGUACUUCGCCGUCUCCUUGACCCUGUUUCUCCUGUUGCGACACAACCCUCACGCUCCCAAUACCUCGACCACCCACAUCCCAACUUCUACAUUCGAGAGACUCGCCUUGUCCGUCUUGGUCAUCGCCGGUGCUGCUGCCGUCGCCCAGAGCAGGAUAUACCUCAACUACCACACCGAGAGACAGAUCCUGGUCGGCUGUAUCAUAGGCGCUGUUUUUGCCGUCUUCUGGUAUCUUGUAACAGCAUACUUGCGCCGCUCAGGCUGGCUGGACUGGGUGCUCGACACUUCAAUCGCCAAGUUCUUCCGACUCCGAGACCUGGUCGUCACCGAGGACCUGGUUGACGCUGGCUGGGAGAGGUGGCAGCAGCGUAGAAGCAAGAGAAGCGAGCAGAAAUCUAGAUAA